CUGAAGGUAAACAAUCAAUCAUGGAAAUGCUCACACCUCAUUUAGUUCACCUGGAGCUGCUCUGACAUUCAUAACGAGCCCCCUGUGAAAACUCCCUUAAGUUUCUUUACUCAGAGUCAAGCAGCUCAGAAGCGUUUAGCCUCCGUAAAAGUCAAACAUGCCCACCAAAAACUGUGUCGACGAGCGGCUCUCCAAAUAUAAAAAUAGGGGCAAAGAUCUUGCAAAAUCUAGAGAAAAGCGGAUCUCUGAGUGCGUGGAGCUGCGCAAAGCUCAGAAGGACGAGAAUUUCCUCAAGAGGCGAAACAUAACGCUGUCGUCUCUCCCCGACGAGGAGGCCCUUUCUCCUGUAAACGAUGAGAAGGUGACUUUAAGGCUUGAGGACAUUAUUGGAGACAUAAGCAGCGAGUGCAGAGAGUUCCAAACACGGGGCUGUCAGGCAGCCAGGAAGCUGCUUUCUACUGGGCGUGAUCCUCCCAUGAAAGAGAUUAUAGAUGCAGGCCUGCUGUCCCGUUUUGUGUCCUUCCUGUCCAUGGAUCAUGAGCCAGCUCUGCAGUUUGAAGCCGCCUGGGCCCUCACGAACAUCGCCUCUGGGACAUCUUGGCACACACAGCAGGUGGUGGAACAUGGGGCUGUGCCAGCUUUCAUCAACUUGCUGGCUUCACCAAUGUUACACAUCAGUGAACAGGCUGUCUGGGCUCUUGGAAACAUUGCAGGUGACGGAGCAGCCUAUCGCGAUGUCCUGAUAGAGUGCAACGUCAUCCCAGCCUUGCUUGCUCGCAUCUCCCCAGACACACCAGUUGGAUAUCUGCGUAACCUAACAUGGACUCUGUCUAACCUUUGUCGAAACAAGAACCCGUGUCCACCCCUGUCUGCUGUCCAGCAAAUGCUACCUUCUCUGAUCCAGUUGCUACAUCUCAAUGACAAGGACAUCCUGUCUGAUGCAUCCUGGGCAAUCUCCUACCUUUCAGAUGGCAACAAUGAUCGCAUCGAUGUUGUGGCCAAAACUGGCAUCAUCCCUCGGAUAGUGGAGCUCAUGAGCCACAAGGAGCUCUGUGUCAUGACCCCCGCUCUCCGUUCCAUUGGGAACAUAGUGAGUGGCUCUGACCUGCACACGCAGAUGGCGAUUGACGCCGGUGUCCUCACCAUCCUACCAGACCUGAUGAGGCAUCCAAAAGCCAACGUGCAGAAGGAGGCGGCGUGGGCACUGUCAAACAUCGCCGCCGGACCUUGUAAGCAGAUCCAACAGGUCAUAACCUGCGGCCUGCUGCCUUCCCUGGUGGAACUGCUCAGGAGUGGAGACUUUAAGACUCAGAGGGAGGCAGUGUGGGCAGUGACAAACUUCACCAGUGGGGGCACCGUGGAGCAAGUGGUCCACUUGGUGCAGAGCGGAGCCUUGGAAGCGGUCAUCAACCUGCUCCAGGUCAAAGAUGCUAAAGUCAUUCUAGUCAUACUGGAAUCCAUCAACAACAUGUUCAUGGCUGCAGAGAAACUGGGAGAAACGGAGAAGCUCGGCAUGUUGGUUGAAGAACUUGGAGGACUGGAACGCAUUGAAAUGCUGCAAAACCAUAACAAUGAAAUGGUGUACCAGGCAGCACAUAACCUACUAGAGAAAUACUUCAAUGAUGGUGAAAUUGAGGCAGUCCAGGUUGAUGCGACGCAGGAUGCAUUUGAAUUCCAGACCUCGGAUGCCCAAAGAACCUUCGAGUUUUAAAGUGUUUAUGUAAAGCAAAAUAAAAUGAUUUGUCACUGCUUCUUGCCUACAUGUGAUCCUGUCUCUUGUCUAGAAAACAAGGCUAAGGCAUGCAUAUUGUCCCAAAAAGCUUGUAGAAUGAGGUCAACUGACCGUGGAUGAGCCAUCAGUGGUGUCCACUCCGAGCUCAAGAUUAAGGUUCGACACAGCAACCUAAUGUUUAACAGUUCAUGCAUAAAGUUCAGAUAUGGCCUCAGAAUUUGAAGCAAAUGAAUUCCAAAUGAAGAUUAAAGCU